CUUCCCCUUUAUAUAAUAACCACCACACUCUCUCCUUUCCACUCAAAUAAGUUUCCUCAAGGCUCCAAGCUUCCAAUUUUCACUUCAAUUUCUCUCUGGAAAUCAUUAACCACCUCUCCCAAAUGGGAUAUCCUGAAGAAACAUCAGCCUUGGAGCUCAUCAGGAAUUACCCCCUGACUGACUUUGCUUCCAUGGAAACCUUUCUUUCCGAUCUCGAUCACUGUACUUCCAGGGUCGCCACCGCUCAAACCUCCCAAGUAGCCAAGUUACCUCAGCUCAACCCAACUCAAGUCGGUAGCCCACACCAGCUAAAACAAUCUACUCUAAGCCAACGCCGUCCUUCUAUAAACGUGACAAUCCCACCAGCAAAAGUUAACAUAAGCUCAAAGCCAGCUACAGUUGAACCACCAGAUUCUAACGAGAAAAGACACUACAGGGGUGUCAGGAGACGACCAUGGGGGAAGUUCGCAGCUGAAAUCAGAGACCCUAACAGGAAAGGCGCAAGGAUUUGGCUUGGAACCUUUGACACCGCCAUAGAAGCUGCAAAAGCUUAUGAUAGAGCUGCCUUUAAGCUACGUGGAAGCAAAGCCAUAUUGAAUUUCCCUCUUGAAGCUGGCAAAUCAAAUUCCGCAGAGUCUGAAUUAACUGAGGAUUCAUUUUCAAGGAAAAGGAGAAGAGAGGAAGAGGAAAAAGAAGAAGAAGAGAGCCUGGAGAGUAAAGUAGUGAAAAGAGAGAAGGUAACGGAGGAAAAGGUAGUGGUGACAGCGGAGGCCAAAGAGAUGUUGACGGUGACGGAAAGUGUAACGCCGGGCGUUUGUUUAACGCCGUCAAAUUGGACGGGGUUUUGGGACAGCGAAGACAUGAAGGGAAUAUUCAGUAUCCCUCCGUUAUCUCCGUUAUCUCCCCAUCCUUCAUUUGGGUAUUCUAGGCUUGCGGUUAUGUAAGGCUUUUGACGGGUUUUACGGCUGCCGUUUACUAAAUCAGGAAAAGUUUGCUGAGGUGGCUUGUUGAAUUAUCCAAGAUCGAGAACGAAAAGGGAAAGUUAACUGUUAUCAAAUAGAAAACCAUGGAAAAGAAAAAAAGUAAUAUAAUAAAGAAGCGUGUUCAACUGUUAGUGUACAUAAAGUAGAGUCAAGCAUUCAAAAGGACUGCCUAAGCCUAAAUUUGUUGUUGAAUUAAAAUUAAAAUUGUAUUUGUUCUUUUAUUUAUUUAAUGAAUUUGUCUUUUGCUA